GACAUUAUUGUAUAUAUAGUGAUAUUUAUAGCAAUGUUAUAGUUAGUUGUUAAGUUUCUAGUUUGAUCGUUUUUUGUAUUCUGUUGUUUUAUAUAGAUUUACAUAGAUUUAAGAUAGUGUAAGUUAAAUAAAGUAUUCCUUUGUGUGUUGUCCUUAUUACCUACGAAUAGAAAUAGAAAUUGUAACAAUAAAUAGAAUUAAGAGAUUAUAAAUUGUAAUAAAUAAAUAGACUCUAUAGAGUACCGAUCUGAAGAGACACGCGUCUCGCUCAUUUCUCGCCCCGUCCCGCUCGCGCAGAUUCGCUAACGCGAGUUGGAAACGUUAUCGUGCGAGCGGGCGGGUAUAAAGAUAGGCCGCCUCCCGUCGAGCGGCAUUCGCUUCCGGGCAGCGACACACUACACUCGAGAAGAAAUAGGACAAGAAGAAAAAUACUCUCUUCAGACGGUACCGGAGGCUUCAGAAUACUAAUCCCUGUGUUUCACUCCAGCCUGAACCAACGCCCCUACAGUCCACGCUCACUGUACGGCAGUCCACACAGUACAUCGUGGUCCUUCGAGAAGCCGGAUUGCUGGAGGAACACCGUUGGUACAUCGAGAAGCCGGAUCGCUGGAGGAAGACCAUUCUGAAGCCGGAUCGCUGAAAUGCCGACUACGAGAAACAUGAAGUCGUCGCAACAAAAAAUCGCCGUCACCGAAGCCACAACGUCCGCCGCCACCACGUCGACUACGACCGCCGGAACGCUGUCCGUCGCUGCCACGCCAUCCGUUGCUGCCACCACGUCGUCUGCGGCUGUCAGAAUGUCUUCUGUCGCUGCCACGUCGUCUACCGCCGCCACCACAUCGACUACGAACACGUCCGGCGAUACGACGACCACAGGAGCCACGGAGACUACCGAAGCCACAGGAACGACAGAGGAGACAGCAAGGAAGAAGGAACCGAAGCACGGCACGGCACGCACGGUUCGCACCACGGCCUCGCAGAAGAAGAAGGCUCUGGCCAAGGCACGGGAGGAGCUACUUCGAAAGGAGGUGGAAUUGGCCGCCGCACGUGUCGCCGCCCUGGAAGCCGAAUCAGAGGACGACGAGGAAAUAGAAGACGACGACGCUACCGUCAGAAGAGAACGAACGUCGGAUUGGGUUCGUCGAAGCACGCUGGCACUCACGAUGGAGCCGCAUGUACCAGAGAUAGAAGAAGUCACCGGCAAGCGUCAGGGGUUCGUCCCAUCGAGACCCGUUGAAGAGGAUUCGAGAGCGCCGCCGCCACAGCCGAGCAGCGACGCACUUCACCGGGACCACGCACGCCACGUUGACCCACAUGCCGCCAUGCCUACGAUAGCAGCAGCAAUGCAGUCGAUGAAGAAAGAAGAACCGGUGCUGAAGGUGGGCAUCGAUUGUAAUGAGUUUGCGAUCGCCAUGCAGAUGGCCGCUCGCAACAUACUGCCCUCCACAGCGUCAAGAGUCACCGAGUUGCCAGUCUUCAAUGGAUCGUCGAGCGAGUGGUUACCAUGGAAGAUGGCCUAUGAAGAGAGCGCAAGUCAACUCACAGAACAAGAGAACCUAGCAAGACUGCGCAGAAGUUUGAAGGGGGCCGCAAAGGACGCGGCACGCUCCCUAUUCGUCGGGUCUACGACCGCAGAAGAAGUAAUGAAGAUGUUAGCCGCGAGGUUCGGCCGCCCUGGAGCACUCGUCACAGCCGAACUGAACAAACUCCGCGCGCUACCACGACUCUCGGACAACGCAAGAGACGUCUGCCUCUUCGCAAGCAAGGUGCAGAACGUCGUCGCCACGAUACGAGCGCUGAACAAGAGUCACUACCUCUACAACGAAGAAAUAGUGAGAAACGUCACAGAGAAGAUGCCGUCGGUACUACGCUUCAAGUACUACGAUUUCGCCAACGACCAACCGGAGGGACAACCGGACCUCAUAACACUCUCUCAGUUCCUGCAAAGGACCGCCACACGAUGUGGAAACUUCGCCCCCGCCGAGGAGAUACCGUCCGAAGACCGGCGGGAGCUGUGUUUCCGUUGCCUCAAAGUGAGAAGAUUUCGCCACGCCUGCAAGAGCAAGAGAUGUGGAGUAGAUGAGUGCACGCAGACUCAUCACCCUCUGCUGCACGCCACGCGUCAACAGCCGGAGAAUGAAGUAACAACACACGUCGUCGAGGACAAGUCCGCCGCAGUCACCGCAUCGGCAAGGGAAAACGACAAGAUCGCGUUCCUGAAGAUCCUGCCGAUACGAGUCACCGGUCCCACGGGAACGUGCGACACCUACGCGCUACUGGACGACGGGUCGACUUGCACCAUCAUCGAGACGACGGUGGCAGAGCGAAUCGGUGCUACGGGUCCCCCCGCACCAUUCUACAUGGAAGGUGUGGCCGGGGCGCGGAUCAACGCAGCUCAAUCGACGCGUGUUCACUUCAAGAUCCGCGGGCGGAAUUCACAAGAAUACACAGUGGGGGCACGGACGAUGGACAGACUGCAGUUAUCACCGCAGUCGGUACCGCGCAGCGUCAUCAAGGGCUGUCCACAUCUGCGGGACAUAGAGAGGGAAUUGGUCUAUGAAGAGGGCAAACCGACGGUGCUGCUGGGGCAAGACAACUGGCACCUACUGCUGGCCCACGAAGUCAGAAGAGGAUCCGACACGCAGCCGGUCGCAUCACUCACCGACCUGGGAUGGGUACUGCACGGUACGAGUCGCGGCAGGACAAGACAGCAGGUGCACAGAAUCAGCCACAUAGUGACGACACACGAAGAGGAACAAUCAAUGGAAGAAAUGAUGAAGCAACAUUUCGCGCUCGAAUCGCUGGGAAUCGCACCGAAGAGGUCUUACAAUGAAGAGGAACGUCGCGCCCUGCGCAUUUUAGAAGAGAAAACUCGUCCGUUACCGGCGGGAGGAUACGAGACGGGGUUACUAUGGAAAAAGGACGACCCUGUGCCGCCGGACAACUACGAAUCGGCAAUGCGACGUCUCCAACUGGUCGAAAGGAAACUCGACAAGAAUGAAGAAAUUAAGAAGAGGUAUGAACAGCAAAUAGACACGCUACUCAAGAACGGGUAUGCUGAAGUCGCCCCGCCACGGAGUUCCCAACGGGUGUGGUACCUGCCACACUUCGCCGUCAUCAACCCGCAGAAACCGGGGAAACUGCGGAUCGUGCACGACGCAGCAGCCAAGACGAAGGGCAUCAGUUUGAACGACAUGCUGCUGCCGGGCCCCGACUUACUUCAAUCGCUACCGGGGGUCCUCAUGCGGUUCCGGUAA